CGCUGUCUCGGCCUUCCCGGCGCUUCCCAUGGCCCUGCCCGCCGUCCACAGGUGCCUCCAAUGUUCAGGUUCAAACAGAAACCCAUUUAUGGCAUAAGGGUGGAGACAGCAAGGAUUUUGUUCUAGAGUGUGACAGUGUCAGACUGCUUCAUAUGUAUAAUGAGCUACAGAAACGUUACGUUAGAGAAAGCAAAAAAAACAAGGAGCAAAGUGAAGCAAUUAAAAAUCUCACUAUUAAAAUUCAUGAGCUAGAGCAUAAUCUUCAAGAGCAGAGGCAAAGAAUUGAACAACUGGAAUGUAAAAAGGUUUCUUGGAAAACUAAUGCUGUUUCUGAAAAAAGAAGUCGAACCUCAGAGGGAGGAAUAACUUCUCACAGGGACAUUUCUGAAGAGAAGGAAUCCUGUUGCAGUAAAUAUUUAGAGCUAUUGUUGAAGGAGAUUAAAAAGCUGAAGAAAGAAAAUGGAAAGUUGUCUGCAGAAAAGAGAGCACUAAAAAAUGAAUUAGCUGGAUUAGACAAGGAAUUUUUUGAAGAGGUAGAAGAUCUAAAGCAUGCUGUACAGGAAUGUCUGAAACUGAACUAUGAGUACGAAAAAUGCUUGAAACAAAUAAGUGUAAUGUAUGGGCUUCCUUUUACAGCACAUUUGUAAAUACUGGUUAAUUUAAUGGCAAGUAGAGUUUCCACUUUUUUUUUUUAUGCUUACUGCAGCAUUUAAACCUACCAUGGCUUAAGUGGUACCUCAUUUUGAUAAUGUUAUGGAUUCACUAAUAUGAUCCUAACAAGCUUCUCUGAAAUGUUUUUGUAUUUUGUGCCUUUGAUUUUUUGUUUAUAUGGUUUUUAAAUAAACUGUGGUCUGUAUAACUUCAACUAAGUUUCAAAGCCUUCUCUUUCACACUUAUGAAAUACAUUCAUUGUAGGAGUGAUUGUGGGCGUUUAUGGGAAUAUGACAAAAAUCUUUAAA